ACGCUCUGUGUUUGCUGUACUGACGCUGCUGCAUGUAAAAUUAGCUGGCUGCAGCCAGUUAGGGCCACCCUCUCUCUCACACACACAGACACCCGGAGCCCACAGUGCAAUAAAUAUGGCAGCCGAGCUAUCAACCUCCAUAAACAUCAAGGAGCCCCGGUGGGACCAGAGCACAUUUGUUGGUCGAGCCAAACAUUUCUUCACCGUCACAGACCCGAGGAACAUCCUCCUGACCAACGAACAACUCUCACAUGCACAUUCAAUCAUCACUGACUACAGAAAAGGCAUCGUCUCGCCGGGUCUGACGGAAGACGAACUGUGGAGGGCCAAGUAUGUUUUCGACUCGGCCUUUCAUCCCGACACCGAGGAGAAGAUGAUUCUGAUCGGCCGCAUGUCGGCUCAGGUUCCCAUGAACAUGACCAUCACUGGAUGUAUGAUGACGUUUUAUAAGACAACUCCUGCCGUGCUGUUCUGGCAGUGGAUCAAUCAGUCCUUCAACGCAAUAGUGAACUACACCAACAGGAGCGGCGACGCUCCGAUCACAGUCAGUCAGCUUGGCACAGCUUAUAUCUCUGCUACCACAGGGGCAGUCGCCACCGCUCUAGGACUAAAUGCCCUAACAAAGCACGUGUCUCCGCUGAUUGGACGGUUCGUGCCGUUUGCUGCUGUGGCGGCUGCUAACUGCAUCAACAUCCCGCUGAUGAGACAAAGAGAACUUCAACAUGGGAUUCCCAUAACAGACGAAAAUGACAACAGGUUAGGAGAGUCAACUAAAGCUGCUCAGCAGGCCAUCUCUCAGGUCGUGGUCUCCAGGAUCCUCAUGGCUUCUCCGGGAAUGGCCAUCCCUCCGUUUUUAAUGAAUCACCUGGAAAAGAAGGCUUUCCUGAAGAGGUUUCCAUGGAUGAGUGCACCCAUUCAAGUCAGCCUGGUGGGAUUCUGCCUGGUGUUUGCCACUCCUUUGUGCUGCGCAUUGUUCCCUCAGAAGAGCUCCAUGUCCGUCAGCCGCCUGGAGCCGGAGCUGCAGGAGAAAAUCUGGGCCAGCCACCCGGGAGUGGAGCGGGUCUACUUCAACAAAGGGCUAUGAGCGCGUGUCCAAACUCUGCCAUAGGUCAGCUGUAGAGUCGGCCCUCACUGCUCUGACUACCAUCCUCAUUCAGUGUGCCAAAGUUAGGUUUUCUUGUCUUAUUUCCAAUGUUCACAUCCACAUCUGCGGUCUCCCUCUCACAGUCAGUCUCUGUUGAAAAAUAAAUAAAUAAAUAAAUCAGGGCCAAAUAUUUGCUUUUAUCAAUGUGAUUGUUUUUUUGUUUUUGUUUUUGAUUUUUGCAAAAAGAUUCUUGCACAGGGCUAGAUGAAAUGAUUUAAAGGGGUAGUAUUACGCCAUUUCAAAGAAUAAGAAAACAACUGUCACCUUAAGUUGUUUUAUAAAUGCUGUUUAUAUCCAUCAUGACUUAAAAAAAAUAAAUUGACAUUACAACUUAAUGCCUUGAAAUUGGGCCUGUCUCUUUAAGAAGCUCCUGCUCUUGCUCCACCUUCAGGAAGUCGUUACAACAUUUUUCCAUUAGGCCUUUAACAACAUUUCUUGCCAGAAUUGCACAGCGAAGUAGGUCUUAUGUUGAGCUCAGUAGAUGCACAGUUCCACCAGGUGUUUUCUAAUUGCUGCUGCUGCUAGUCUGAAGGGAUGAGUGUGGGAGUCGUGGAGAAGGGGUGCUGUGUGAUGCAGAAGCUCUGCUUGCAGACUGCAGCUGGAGGAGCUUUGUGGAAAAGACGUCACUCUGUGAGAGCAAGUGUUUUGUGCCUCUGUUCCUGAGAUUAAAGGAUUUCUCAAACAUGCAUGAAAGAAUCAAGGCAACACUCAAAAGUAUGUUGUUGAGAAGGGAAUGACAUUAGAACAUGCCGACUUUACUUAGUACUGCCCCUUUAACGUUCCUCCCAGCGGGUUUGUUGUGACCUGUGUGAACUUGUUUGAAGUGAACAUUUCUUCUGUGCAGUGUUUAGUUUUAGUUUGGUGACUUGUUGCUCGUUUGAUCCCACGAAUCACUGUACUUCAGGUUGGCAGACAGUUUUUAACCCGCUUACAUUACAACUGGUUCAAAACACGCAGGAUUUUUGCUCCUUUUUUUUUUUUUGCCAAAUUGGUACUGAUGCUUUUUUUAAAAAAAUCUAUCGACAAUUGCAACCUCUUGACCUGAGUUCCUUUGGGAAAGUGAUUGCGUUAAAACAAGCCUCUCGACAUCUAAUCGUGGAUCUUAAGCUGAUCCUCAAGGGAUCUGCCCUGUAAAAUGUGAUGUAGCGACGGUUGCUGCCAGUGAUGGGCCAACAUGGUGCUAUUUGAUGUCUUAAUAAUCAGUGUUUAUCAUAUUAUUUAUUCUGCUUACCAGACACACACGAACAAACCACUGCUCAUGUGAAAAUGCUGAAACAGAUCUUUUGGUUCUACUCAGCCACAUCCUAACAUUUACUGAGAGUUGCAUGAUUUCUGUUGAACUUUUGCAAAUCUGGGUACGUUUAACCAUACAAAACAAAUGUAGGCAUAGAGGAGCAGACGGUCGCAUAAACGUUUCCUCUCGUUGGCGCCACAAACUUUUGUGUGUCUCAUUCUAAGUAGCGCAUAAUUGAGAAGUGGAAGAAAAGAAAUGAUGCAUGGUUUUUAAAAUUCUUUCGCACAUAAAAAUCUGAAGAGCUCAAGCUCACUCGGAUUAGGUCGAGACAUUUCUAAGCAUCAAUUUUCAAGUCUUGUCAUAGAUUCUCAGUUGGCUACAGGUCUGGACUUUGACUGGACCAUUCCGACGCAGGACUGGGCUUUGAUCCAAAUCGUUUCCCUGCCGCUCUGGCUGAAUGUUUAGACAGUGCUCUAGGAGAUGUUUUCUAACUUAAAGUUUAUUUAAACAUCUCCAAAACUGGACUUGUCUGCUGGGAUUUUGUUCUUUCUGAUGGUGUUGGUAAACAUUGGCACUGUAUUUUGUAAUUAAGUGACUCCUUCAGAUUUUAUUCAAGGGUAUCGGAAUAAAGAGGGCUAAAUACAAACACAUGGCUCUGUUUUUGGAGUUCUUGUUCAUUAAAAAUGUUCAAGGCCAUGCAUUGUUUUCCCUCCACUUUACGUUCAUGUUCUACUUAGUGCUGCUCUAUCAGAGUCAAUAAAAUAUAUAUAUUGAAGCUGAUUGAAAACUAAUGUGACUUUUCAUACAUGCAUUUGGGAGUUUAUACCUACUGCUUUCGGGUGUAAAACUGGAGAAAAGAUGCAUGAGAGAAGGAGUAAUGAAAUCUGAGAUUUCUUUCCAAGACUUUGUGGACAUUUUAACUCAACAGAGACACAUUUUAUCCUGCUGAGUCUGAGGAAUGUGGAAACUGUGCAGCUACAGUCCCCUGCUCAGCGUUUUGUCUUUUGUUCAGACUAACGGAUAAAACACCAACUCUACAGUUACUUGAGCUCGUAGUAUAUCUGAGUUUGAACCUCAAUCAGAUCAAGCAGUUUUCCCUCUGGUCUUGUAAUUUAUUUUUCUCUGAGCGUUUGGCCUCUCUCUUUUUUUUUCCCCCUCGCCCCAAAAAUACUAUUGUCAUCAGUAAGCUAUUCUCAUACAAUAUUCAUCGUUAAGCAUUAUUAAAAUCAGGGAUAAGAGACAAAUAAAAGAUGAACUUGACACCAGAAAACUUAACAUGCAAUAUUUAUCCAAACAAAUCCAACUUUUGGACUUUAAAAUAAACCUUUAACUAUAUUUCUGAGGACCGGGCAUGCAUGUGCUCCACUUACCACAGAUGUUUACAUUCCUGAAUGACCGUCGAUUCAGUCCUUGUGCAGCCCUUCCCCUUCAUGGUGUUUUAAUGUUUUCUGUGACCUUCCUCACGUAAGUUGUUGUUCACUUUAGACCUUGGGUGUUUUUAGGAGCUGUUCCUGGCUGAUUUGAAGUGAAGGUUAUUCUUGUCUUCAAGGUAACUGAAUGUAGUCCCAGGUGUUAAAAGACAUGUUGGUUUAGAAAAGCACAAACGAGCGACAAAAUGCAGCACAUUUUUAAAAACUUGUUCAUCUUUGAUUAGUGAAUGACAAAGUUAAAAAAAAAAAAAAAAAAUUUCUUUAUUUGAAAUGGAUUAAAGCUGUAUCUCAUCAGAUGGCUCUUUCUAAGUGUUGGAAGUUUAACCCUUAAAUUUCAGCGUCACAACCAAAGUGAUUCAAAUGGACAUGAGGGUAAAAAGUCAUUUACUGUUUCAUGUGACAAAAACCGUGAUUGUUCUGCAGUAACAUGGGGUGAUGUGAUGUUAACAGUAUCUGGGUGAAAUAAAGGUAAUUUAAUCUGU